AUGAGUUCCUCUGGUGGUGGGGUGAAGGCCAAGUCGACCGUGCGCCGGAGCUCCCGCUCUGAAGAUCGGGACGACCAGCGCAAGGAGAAGGACCCGCUCGCAUCGCGGCAACUCUCGAACCCCGAUGACCUCGACUUGUACAUGGAGAAGCUGUACGAGGAAGACAUGGAGUCCAAGCUCGAUGGGAUCACGCAGAUUCUCAACCUGUCCGAGUACGGCGCCAACAUUGAAAUGCUUGUUCAGAACGAAGCGCUGAUGUGCCUCCUCUCCCGCGUCCUCAAUGACGAGUACAAGAAGAACUACGACUUUACCCUCCACAUGAUGCGCAUCUUUUGGUGCUACUCGAACUUUCUCCAACUGCACCCGAUCCUGAGCAACUACCGCAUCGGUGCGAUCACGUUGAAGAUCGUCGACUUUGAAGUGAAGCGCCACCAGUUGCGCGUCGAGGAAGAGAAGCAGCUCGAGGACACGAUAGCCAAGGCCAACCACGAGCCUGACGUCCUUGCCAAGCUCAAGGCGGAGGCCAAAAAGAGCAAGAAGAGGGCGAAAAAACAAGACCAGCUCCUAUACGUGUGCUUGAGUGUGCUCUUCAACUUGUCGGAGGACAUCCACACCGAGCGCAAGAUGGUCAAGAAGAAGAUCGUGCACUUCCUGGCCAAGAUGCUGGACCGCGUGACGCCCGACUUGGUCAUGUUGACGUUGGGGUUUUUGAAAAAGCUCAGCGUGUUUGAGGAGAACAAAGACGCCAUGAUCGAGCUCCAAGUGCCCGAGAAAGCCAUUCGAUAUGUGAAAUGCAACCACGACAAAACCGUCCAAGUCGCUUUGAAGCUGCUCUUUAAUCUGUCGUGGGACGCCCGCGUCCGCGACACCAUGGUCAAGAACAGCCUCGUCCCCAAGCUCGUCGAGCUGCUCAAGAAGCCUCCAUUUCGAGCGCUCACGCUGCGCAUUCUGUACCACUUGAGCAUGGACGACCGGUGCAAGUCCAUGUUUACGUACACGGAGGCAAUUCCGAUCGUGAUGCAGCUCGUGAUCAAUUUUCCUCAAAACAUGGUGGCCAAGGAACUCAUGGCGCUCGCGGUCAACUUGAGUGUCAAUGGUCGUAACGCGGAAAUGAUGGCCCAGAACAAGGGGCUCGACGCGCUCGUCACUCGGGUCUUGCGCACGCGGGAUGUCCUCCUCAUGAAGUGUAUUCGCAAUAUUUCCCAGUGGUCGUAUAGCCUCCAAGAAGACGCGGCGUCGGAAAAGAUGUACAAGCACAAGGGAUUGUGGGCUCCGUAUGUUGUGCCAUUGCUCGAGCUCGCCCAGAGCUCGGACAACCACGACUUUGUCGUAGAGAUUCUCGGGGUACUGGGGAACCUCACGCCGAACGACUUGCCGGCCAAGACGUCGUGGGACAAGAUCCUGGCACAGUACUACACCGUGAUCCCGUUCCUGAACAAGCUGCUCGUGCCAGGCUUUUCCCAGGAUGACAUUGUGCUCCAAGUGAUUAUGUUUGUGAGUGCGCUGAUGCUCGAGCCAAAGUGUGCGCCCCUCAUCACGUCGUCCCGCCUCGUUCGGAGCUUCCACACUGUCUUCCAGGACAAGCAGACCGACCACGAGAUCAUGUUGCAGCUCCUCUUUUGUUUUUAUCGCAUGCUGCGCCACCCCGAAACGUUGGACGAAGUGCUGUACGGGACGAACAUGCUGCCCGAUUUGUUGUUGGCCGCAGAUGCGACCAACGCCGAGGUCCGCCGCAUGUGCGACUCGGUACUCGAUGUGAUCCUUGACCACGACAUUCACGAAGGCGAAGUUGGCGAGUUUGGCCGACAGAUUCGCCGCCGCCGAUUCGAAAUUCACAACGCCGAGUACUGGAACAUGAUGCAUCAUGCGGCGAGCCCAACGGCUUUCCACGACGAUGAAGAGGAUGGACAGGACCGCGAUGGCCCGGAUCAUGGAUACCACCACACGAGAAAGUGA